CGCAUAACCAAAACAUUUAUUUUUAUUUAAUUAUUCAGUUGUCAUUUUAUUGCAUUCUCGUACGUUUCACACAACAUAAUAAUCGAAGUAGAUAAGAAUUUGUCAUUUUUUAAAAACAAUAAUCAAAUGUUGUGCGUUACCAGGGUGACCGGGGUAAACUACCAAGUGUGCUGCUAGGCUAGCUAAACUGUGCUCGAGUUAAACUACUGGCCUUUUAUUGUCCAUAAAUACAGCUAAUAAACUUCAACACGUUCCGUGAAGACGCGUAAGAAAUAUACCUAGCUACGAAUCUGUUGAUUGUGUUAUUGAGCAUUUUGCCCAGGAUAUUUUCUAACACAAAAAUGUCACAGUUAGAAAACGGUAGCGUUAGUAGCUAGCUAGAUAGGCGAUAUUGGAAAUUGCUUUGCUAAUUUCGCUCGAAUAUAGUUGUUCACAGACCACCAGGAUGCCGGUUCCUUUGUCUGGGGUAGAGCUGCUCAGACUGUGUACAGUGCUCCAGGACUGUGCUGCACAGCUGUCAGUGCUGGGUCACAUCAUGCCCGACACCUACAGGGGUCGUCCAGAAGCUGAUAAGUUUGUGUCAGCUGACAUUGGACAGGUCCUUGAACAGCAGAAAGGGGCAGAGCAGAACCUGAAAGCAGCCCGUCAGUUUGAGAGAGAGUCUGGGAGACUGUCAGAUGCCACCCGUGAGCUGCACAGAUCCCAGAAGGAACUGAACCGCACACUAGAGGAGAACCCACUGUCCCCUGACAACUUGGCCAAGGUGCAGAGAGACCGUCAGUUUGUGGCUCACGUGAUUGCGGAUGUGUUGGCAGAGCUGCAAGAGAGAGGGACCUUUCACAGCUUGCUUUUCGCUGUGGGAGAAGAGAAAAGAAGGAAGGCCAACCUCCUGGACAUAAUAAUCAGGGAGGAGGGCGGCCGGCGGAGGACCAAAGCUCUUCAGAGACAGCUGCUUGACAUCCGCAAGGAAAAAACUCUGGAGCUGCAGCGACGCGAGGAGAUGACUGCCCACCUGAAAGACCAACUUCAGGAGAUGAAGGCUAAGACUGGCCUGGAGAGGAAGUAUGUGAAGAGCAGCGCGGAGCUGCUGGUGUACCAGGGACAGAAGAUCAACACACACUCUGAGAAGCAGCUGGAGGAUGAGAUCAGGCUACAGCAGGAGAGGUUGGAGGAGGAGAGGAGAGUUCAUAUGGAGAUGGAGACUUUCCUCAAGGAACAUCAGACAAGUCUGGGGGAGAAGCUGGAGGUAUGGAUGGAGCGCUAUGAGAGAGACAUGGAGGAUAAGCAGCAGGAGCUUAACAGCCUGAGGAACAACAAAGCUAACAAUCUCUCCCAGCUCCAGGAGCUGGCCAAGAAGUACAGAGACAGUGAGCAGGUGGUCAUCGAGGACAGGAUGGAGAAAGAGGCCCUACGCAGGAAGCUGGAGAAGGAACACAUGGAGCGAGACGCAGCCACCAAGAUCCAGUCGUGGUGGAGGGGAACGUUAGUGCGACGCGGCCUGGGCCCCUAUAAGAAAGGCAAGAAGCCCAAGGAGGGCAAGAAGGGAAAGAAGAAAAAGUGAGGUGUCCCUUCAAGAGCUCCAAAAAGUCUCAAUACAGACAUGUUACUUUUCAUCAAUGUUCAAUUCCUGAUUCCAGACAAUUCGACACUUGGCCUGUAGGCAAAUAUAUAUUCAAUGAGAAAGGCUUUUUUCCCCCCUUUAACAGAGUAAAGUUGGCAUGGUCAUUUUGAAUACUACUACCACCAUUGCAAGGUUCUUACUUAUAUGCAGUCUAACACAAGGGCAAGAAUGGUAAUAAACAAGCGUACUCAUGAGACUGAUAUGGGUCACUUUUAUUCAUGCCAAAUAUUAAUUCCAGAAAAUAAUAAUUCAAUUUUGUACAUGUUUUCAGGGACAAUUUCUCAGCAAACGGUGUAAAAAUGUAAAGUUAAAGACCCAUGUUGCGGUCAUGAAAGAAGGUCCUCUCUUUAUGUGGUACCUACUUGUAAACACAUGGAAUGUAUCUAUUUUACUGUACAUAUGUCACAGGGUCCAGACCCAGCAGUAGGGGCACAUGAUUCCUGCUAGAGAAAGCCCAAGUCAGUAAGGGUGAAAAUAUCAAAACAUUUAUAAUAUAUUUAAAAUCACCUUUAACUUCCCUUUUGAGAACUCCGAGUCUAUCUAAAACAAAGUUAAAAUGGUAAAAACAUACCUCUGAUAUAUUUUUUGACUUCAGAAUCUACGUAGGCAGAUUCCCAGUUUACAUCUCUUUUACUGUAGGGAUGUACAUUACAUAGGCAGCCUAUGUAGAUUUUACUGUAGGGAUGUGCAUCUAAGUAGGCAGCCUACGUAGCCUUUACUAUAGGGAUGUGCAUCUAAGUAUGCUGCCUACAUAGCUUUUACUGUAGGGAUGUGCAUCUAAGUAGGCAGCCUACGUAGCCUUUACUAUAGGGAUGUGCAGCUAAGUAGACAGCCUACGUAGCUUUUACUGUAGGGAUGUGCAUCUCUGUAGGCAGCCUACAUAGCUUUUGAAGGGAAAAAUAUAUAUCAGAGUUAUGUUUUUACCACUAACUUUCUUUUAGAUAGAGUUCUGAAAAGGUAGGCUGGGAAUCUGCCUACAAGAUCCCAUCAAUGAGUGGUCCUCAGGUCAGUCUUCACCAGAGUAUUAUUGCCAGCUCUGUGGCUAGCACUCCCUCAUCCCCCUCCCUGGGAACGAGAGGUUGUGUCUGCCUCAGAACUAAGAGUCAGUCCGUUAACCUGACUUUCUGUGGGUAACACUGCUCUAAGUAGAGCUGGGCCAUGUUCAUUAGGGCAUGCAACUGAACUGCAAUGUUUCUUAUUGGACAAUUGUUGUUGUUUUCUUCUGUUUCGUGCCUAAUGAACACGGCCUUCUCAAUGGGGUUUCACUAAGGACAGCGCUAGUGACAAAUAAAUAAAUACUGUUCCGGUCUGGCAGAUUACUUGUAACUGCUGCCAGAUCAAAUUAGCAAUAUGCACACCUGUGUGUAGCAAGAGCCACAUUGUGUCUAUAAGGUGUGGUUGAACAAUUCACCAAAAACAACUUGAUCAUGACAAUUGGAAAGGUGUCUUGAACACUAUCAAUAGUUCAAUCUGUAGAUCCAUUUGAAUGUCAUACAAGCUUAGCAACAUGUAGUGAUAAAAGAUGAGUUCUGUGCAUGAGGGAGACACUGUCAUAUUCACUACUACUUGUCUACGGUCUCAACUCUCCAUGUUGAACUCAACUGUGAAAGUGAUGAGGUGGUUCGUAGAGAAUAAAAAAGGUAGUGUAAGUUUAUCCCCAGAACCUGGCCAGCCCCAACAGCUCGUCAGUAGUGGACUACAAUAAGAAAUAACCGUUACUGCAAGAUAAAAGCACAGAUACUAAUGCAAAGUUGCAGGCCUUGAUGUCAUGCUGUCAGUCAACCUGCCCAUACACACGCCUUUGAUUAGAGACUUGACUGAGCUGUGCUCAAGGAAGAAGUUGCCUGGAAACACUGGUCGAGGAUCAGCUUGAACCAAUCCCACUCGUAACACUAACCCUUUAAGAGGCCUGUUUUCUAUCUUAUAGCACUUAAUAUUUUACUUCCCUGGCCCAGCACUUAAGGACAUCGUCCAAUCCAUGUAGCUACACGAGAACACAACUCCUUGUGGAAAAACACAUGAAUUACAGCUUUAUACAUGGGUGAUUCUACACAAGUGGUGCAAAUUGCAAUCCCACCCCGAAAAAACUAUAUAUAUAUUUUAAAAAGUUACAUCUCCAAACUUAGGACAUCUAUAUACAUCACGAUAUGUUCUAAUUCAAUCCAAGGCAAUACCAAAUAUAUUGUUAACUUAAUAUAGUAAAAAGUAAUUGUUUAUACACUUAUUUCUACUGAGAGGUGUUUUAUUAUUAUAUUGAAAGAUACGAAUCUAAUUAGCAGUUGAUUUUUAAACAUCUUUCUAAAAAAUAAAAAUAAAUCCUUCCCACAUUGACGUCACUAACUAUACAUACACAAUAAAAGACUGUGCCUUAAGAAACUCCUACAAAUAUCACCAGGUGAUGGGAUUGCACCUCUCUCCAGCAUGACCACAUGGUGAGUAGUCUAUCUGGAAACAUUUCAGAUCAAAUUUUUGAGUUGGUAAAUCUUCAUCUAUUUUUAAAUAGUGUCAGUACCGAACAUCUCCUAUAUCAAGAAAUGUGUAAAGUUCUCUUUUGGGAUGUACAUACAGUGCAUUCGGAAAGUAUUCAGACCCCUUGACUUUUUCCACAUUAUGUUACGUUACAGCUUAUUCUAAAAUGGAUUCAAUUGUUUUUUUUUCCCUCAUCCCAAUACCCUAUAAUGA